UAAUUGUCGUUUUUCUGGUAACUUAAGUCACAUGUGCGAACGCAACUAAGAUACUAUCUAAUUACCACUUCUGCUUAAUUUUAAAUCAGAAAAAGACGAUGUUGUUGAAAAUAAUAUUCAGCCAGGCAUUUAUCAUCAUCGCCAUCAGGGGUGUCAAAUAUGUUGAUGUGUGUCCUGAUAAACAGACAUGGAAGACUAAAGCAAACGAUGUGUGUCCAAAUCUUGAUGAAGAAUAUCAUUGUAUGUUUGAUACAGAAUGUAACUUAGUGGAAGACUGUAGACGGAAACAAACAAAUAAUCAUAUUACACUUUAUUUUUUUGAACAGAAUAUCUCAAAUUUUAAAAUAAAGACAGUACCUGUUAUGAGCUCAAAUGAUCCAGACUAUCAUAAAUUACAGCAGGCAACAUUCUGUAAGAGUGCUAGCAAUAUUAGCAAAUCUACUCCUUGUGAUUAUAACAAUAAUACGUCUGUAUCAAACAAUACUAUCGAUCAAAACAGUGAUACUACUGAUGAAGGUUGGGAAGCCUGCUGUAUAUCAUUUGUUACAUUGUUUAUUAUUUCUGUUGCAUUAGCUAUAAUCAUUCCUUUCAUAAUAUUUAAAAUAAUACGAUUUAAAAAAAGCGAUGAAAGAAACGAAGAAGGCAAUUCGUCGAUAGAAAUAAAUAAUGAGUCAGACAGAGUGAAAAAAGAAAACUGUGAUGUCAAGGAACAAUUAUUACAGCUCAAAGAAGAGAAACACAAUAUCGAGGAACAACUGAAUGUAUUACAGCUCAAAUAUAUGAAUGGAGAGCAAAAUUACAGCCAGGGCCGCUUUGCACAAGAAAGUUCGUCAGUUGGACAGACAGUCCCAGUUUCUUUUCAGGAAACUGACAUCUUAAUAUGAACAGAGGAUUUUUUUAUAGUUUUUUUUUUAAAACAUAAUUUUGAGAGUAAAUAUAUAUUUUAGUAAUUAUUGAUUGGGACUUUUAAGUGAUUUUCCAUUAAAAAUUUCAACUUUA